CUUCACUAUCAUACGGUCGCGUUUCUUCGUUUCCAAUAUCUCUGAACGGAAAAAGCUGUGAAAGGAAAUAAAUUAAGGUGAAAGGAGUACACAUUGCAGCUGUAUUACAUUUCAAGAUCGUUUGUAUACGGACGCGGAAGUGAAUCUUGAAACAAGAUACACAAUGAGGAUUACAUAUUUGUUGUUGAUUGGGAUUUUAAUAUCCCUAACAGCAGCUACUGCCUCGGGCAAAAAUGAUAAUUCCAACAAAAAAGGUUCAGAGAAGGUGGUAGCUUCCGCUGUUGCUGCGAAAAAAGAAAAAAGUACCGCACCAACUGUAGCUGAGUCAUCUGCUGCUCCAUUGACCAGUGUUCGUAGCGCAAAAUCAUUAAAAUCCACUAAGCCCGGAGACAAUCGAGGUAAACGUACCCUCUACGAUUUCGGCAAUGCUGGUUUCUUGUAUCCACAAGUGGCAGCCAGAAGAGGAGGCUACAGUCCCGACCCGAGGGCCGCCUACAGUACUCAACCCGGUUACUUCAAUGGCAAUGGCAUUGGUCAAUACCCUACGGACUAUAACUACAAUUAUAGCCCCUAUCCACAGUACUUGGAAGCCCCUGAGCCGAUUAUUGAAAUCAUCAUCAAAGAUGCCAAUGAGACCUUGGCCAGUCCCCAGCCCACAGUGGUGAAGACGAAAAAGAAAAAGGAGAAGGUUCAUGUUUUCUAUGUCAACUACAAAAAGGAUGAGAACAACAAACUGCACUUGGAAAGUCCCAUUGCGUCGCUGAACAAUGACGAUAACGAAGAAGAGGAGGAAGAAGAAGAAAUUAUAGAGUAUCCAGUCACUCCAUUGCCCCCCGUGAAAACCACCACCUUGAGAACGAUCAUCCAUCCCGACUCUGAGAAAUAUCAUGGCAACAGUGGCAUUCAUGUAACAUUCGGCACAGAGGAUAAGUCACAAAGGGGCCACAUUUUGCAGGAGCAUGAUGCCGAAAGUGUGCAGCGUCAGGUGGUAGCCGUGCCCGUGCCCCAGACUGGCAUAAAGACGCAAUUUGCUGGUAAUUCAAGGCAGGAUUUCCAAGGACAUGCUCGUUCGCCAUAUACAAACAAUUUCUUCCAAUCUUCGUCCAAUUUGCAGUAUCAGAACACACAGCAGCAGUUGCCCAAUCCACAUGCCACCACAUAUUUCAGACCACCAGUGCAACACCAGCAGCAACAACAGCAUCAGCAACAAUCUCCACAGUUUAGCCAAACGUAUCAGCAGAAACCUCAGUCACAGCUUAAAUCACCUUUUGUAUCGCAGCCUCCACAGAGUGCAGCUCUUCAAUAUCACCAACAACAGCAGAAACAAUACCAAGCUCCGUCACAGCAGCAGCAGCAGCAACUUGGCAAACCCCUAAACCAAAUACAACAACAUAUAGCUCAGCAAUUGCAGCAACAGUCCCAGUACUAUGUCAAUCACAACCAAUUGUAUCAGCAACAGUCUCAGACCAACAACCAGAAUGGCGCCUACUACAAUACCCAUACUCAGCAAAAGCCAACACAGGCUCCCAAGCAACCAAUUGUCUUCCCUAGCGCCCCGCCCAAAGCUCAAGAAUUGCCUAACAGACAGGCUGCACAACCCUACCAGCCCAUCAAGUUUAGACCAACACCGGCUCCAGCUGCUCUUGCCAGCAGACCAACACCCAUAGCCGCAAAACUGGAGAAUACCCACUACAACUCCAAGCCCUACACCUUCCAAAGACAACCCCAAUUCAUUCAACAGCCCACUUUUACUGUUCAAUCUCCCACUAUUCCCCCACCCCAGUAUUACAAACAACAACCGCAACCACAGUCGCAGUAUCAACAGCAUCAAACCGCGAAUCAUGCUCAAACUUCGAACUAUCAGAGCAGUUCCAACUACUACACCCAGAACAAGAACCAACAGCCCCAGUCCUCCAUACAAUACCAGACCAAGUACCAGUCGCACCCUACGUCUGUGGGAUCGUCUGCACCCGAUUUGAGUUGGUUGGACAUUAAACCCUCCAAAGAAACUCAGCUCUUCAAAUCCAUUCCCAAAUUCGAACAACACAUCACAGAGACCAUUCCGAACAACUAUCACCCAUCGCAGUAUCAAACUAAGAAUCAAGUGAUCCAUGAUAUACCUGCUCCCAACCUAGCACCUCAACAUCAUCAACAGCAGCAACAACAACAUCAUCAACAGCAACAACAACAACAGAAUCAGUAUAUCAGUGCCAACACCAAUAGUUUUAGCACCUACAACCAACAAAGUCAAGUGCAAUCCCAGUCUCAAUUACCAUCACAAACACAAACGCAACACCAGACCCAAUUCACAAACUUUGUUACAACAUCACAAAAUCUGGUGCAACCGCAGCAAAUCUCUUCGUCAACACCAGCUCCCCAUUACGUGCAAUCGACUGAUGGUCAAAAAAUUAUGGUUGUAACUCCCAUGCCCCCAAAUGUUUAUCAGCAGUACCAGGCGACUCACUAUCCCUCCUCUGCCCAAGGUAGCCAACAGCAACAAACGCCGCAGGUCAUUACUAGCAUUCACCAAUCGCAGGACCAGUACAACAACUAUUUCCAGCAACCUAGACAGGGCUCAGGUUCGCUGACGCACGCCCAAGGUGAAGCCAACAAUGGUGCUUCGGCUGCAAGCAGUAGCCAAUUUGGGGUGUCCACAUAUCACUCGGAUGUUUUCAAAGAGUUGGAACAACGCCAAAAGCAAGAGCCGCAGCCACUGCCGUCACAGAACGCUUACAUACCUCCUAAGGAGGAAACGUCAACUGCCACCACCACCCCUAGUCCAAAAGCUCUUGCGCAGUUGCCAGCCGAAGUUCCCGAUGACUUGAGACAGCAAUUGCUCUCCUCCGGCAUUUUGAGCCAUGCGGACAUUUCCGUCUUGGACUAUGACAAGGAGGGAGCCACAGCCCUGGAGAAUCUUCCCGCAGAACAUUUGCAACACUUCUAUGGUGCUGGUGGUGGUGCUCAAAUCUCCGAAUCCAAAAAGGUUUUGUCUGUAGUCAAGCCCAAUGGUGACAAAGUGUCUUUGGAUGCCAAAGAUCUGGAGCGGGUAAAGGAGUCAAGUUCGGUGCCCCACAACAAACAAACCGAUAGCAAGGUUGUGCGUUUCGAUGGCCAGGAGUCGGAGGCUUUGCCCCUGACCAGCUCAACGGAGCGUCAAUACAACCGAUAUCUGCCCUUGAAAAUCAAUGCUGCCAAUUUCCCCAAACCCGAUGUGGAGGAGCUUAAGUCAAGAACAUUACAGAGUGUGGUUGUUCUGGCUCCCGUAGAUACUCCCGCCGGCACUGAUGGCUCCCUGAUAGAAGACUCCAAAGAAGUGAAAUUCUUAGGCGGCGAUCUGAUUAAGGUCUUGGUUAAAAAGCCUACCACAGAAAACUUCAAGCGGUGGCUGGAGAAGGAAUCGAGGACAGAUGUUGAACAACAAUCAGUUGUUUUAUUGGUAGCGAAGCCAUCUGAUAGCACAUCAGAACAGGAAAUCUACAUGUACGACAUAACGACAGGCGAAGUCAACCGUCUAAAUGGUGAGCUUUCGAGCAAAUUCGUCAAUGUGGCCGAAGAAAACGCCAGCACUGAAGAUUUGGAACAUGGCUCCACAUUGGAUCCCACAUUUCUUGAAUCCAUGAUGCAGAAGACCUCAAGCUAAACUCCCCGACUGCUGUUUGUACUCCCCUAACACUUCUACGAUAAUGCGUUCGCCAAACUGUCACAAACAAGUGCCACACAAAGCUAAAGCAUUCUAUGAAGCGCCAUGUUUUCCUCGUUUUUAGGCAAAAUUUCUCCAAGUGUAUUUCGAACAAAUAUUGUUAGGCUCCCCCAAAUGUUUCUCCCUCUACGAGAUUCCAGGAUAACAAGUUAUGGGUCCUUGGUGGUCUCGUUUACGACUAAACCAUUGCCAAUUUUGUGCAUUACCUUGGAAAAUUUUGCAAGAGCAGUUUUAUAAACAAAAACAAAAAGUGUAAGAAUAAGUCUCGGCGCUCUAAUUUCCGCUCAAUUUCAGUUUUAGUGCUUGCUAUUUGUUAUUGCUCUCCGUGUUGCCGGAGAGAAGAGUUGUUUAUAAAACUGUUUGUUAAGCCCUACUAAUUUUAGUUAAUUGUUAUUAAACUAUUUUAUUAUUUGAUUUGUACAUAUUGAUUUUUUUUUUAUAUAA